AUGAUUUCGAAGUUUUCAUCGAAUCUAUUGUAUCAGCAUGACCUCAACACCCAGGUAGCCAUGAAACGACGUUCAAUCAGUUUGGCUCGCCAGUAUGACCGGGAAUUGGCCAAUCAACACUUUAUGACCUUUGAUACGUUUUGGGGUCGGCCAGGUCAUGGCGCCCAGGCGGGCACAACGAGAAAAUUAAAAUUGAAUAAUUUACUUUACGGGACACCAGGUUGUACAUCGGACUAG